AUGCCGUUCAUCGUCGAGAAGAGAGUGGCUCUACCCCGUAUGGCUUUCCAAGCCCUUGUGCGAUACAAUCACCACGGACAAGUUUUCUAUGGCAAUCUUGUGCGGAGAAGCAGGAGCGGUUAUGUGAUCGAACGACUGGGAGGGAAUGUUGAUGAUGGCUUCAUUAACACCAAUGUGAGGGACACAGUGACGAAGCUCCCAAUUGCCUCGUACCCAAUAAUCUUUACGAAACCUCCAGACGCCCUUUCCGGGCCCAACGAUCCGGUGAAAGUCCACCCCGAUGCUCAAAGUCAUUUAGACUACGAAGGAGAGCUUUGCGUGGUGAUUGGCAGAGACGCGAAGAACGUAUCAGAAGCCGACGCAUUAGAUUACGUGCUGGGUUACUCCGCCGGAAACGACCUCACGGCUCGCAACUUCCAAGUCCCCGACGCUUCUGGGGGGCAGUAUUCAUACUGCAAAUCAUUCGACGGAUUCGCGCCGAUUGGGCCAGCCAUUUGGUCGCCUACCGUUGUCCCCGACCCGCAUGCGCUGCGCUACCGUACGACUGUGAACGGGAAGGUGGUCCAGGAAACAUCGACCUCGGACAUGAUUUGGACCGUGGCGCAGGUGAUUGUUCACCUGUCGCGUGGCACGACGUUACGAAAGGGGACUGUCAUAAUGAUGGGGACGCCGGCAGGUGUGGGUUACUUUCAGGGGAAGUUCCUGAAGGAUGGAGAUGUUGUGGCAGUUGAAAUCGACGGGCUGGGGAAGAUCGAAAACAAGAUUGUUUUCGAGAAGCCAGAGGAGAUGGACUUAUGA